AUGGCUCGGUACCUCAACCCGGCCAAGAUUGGCCUGCUUGUUCUAGUACAGCUUUAUGUCGAAGAAGCCGUCCCUGGCGAUGCCAUUGUCCCGGUUUUGUCAUUCAUCACCUCGCACAUAAUGGGCCACGAAGCUGGCAAUCUGCCCACCUCCCAGGCAGGCCGAUGGGCCAAGGCCGAACGCACCGUCAGCCUUGUCAUUGCUAUUAAAGAUUUUGAGAAGCUUUUGGGAAGCUUUCCGUUUGUCAUGGGCAUGCCAGGGCGGAAGCUGUGGGAUCAGUUUCUCACGAGGCUGUGGGACAUAAACUCUCUGGAUGCACUGUACGAGUUCUUCGAGAACCUCGAGCUACUGUUGGCCAAGACAAAGGAGGAACUGCGUCGACUCAGCGAGGCGGGUCUACCCGACAUGGAAGAGGGGAUUCAAAUCGCUCGCAACUCACCGCUCGGCGCCUUCAUUCGCCGCGCCAUGGUUGAGUACCGCCGGUUGCGGUUCCAUGACUGCGCAGAACUGUGGAAGGAUUUUGUGCGCUAUAGGCAGCCCACGGCACACCAUCAAAAGAGAAAGAAUCCAAAAUUCGGGAAACUCAGUUUUGACAACGUUCUGUUGGCUGGUGCAGCCGAAGAAGGCUGGACGCCUGACAGUGUUUAUGCCCUUUCAUCUAUUACAUAUGACGACAUGCUUACAGGUGAUCGUCUCGGGAAAGUGGCAGUUAGCACCGAUGACAUUGAACUACUUCUCGACUUUCAAAUUGAGCAAAUGCAGAAGUAUGGUAACAGAGUACCGUUGGAGACAAUCACUCAGUUUCAGGACCUCCUUCAAGCCAGCAUCCUCGUUCCUAGCCUGACACAUUAUCUCGGCUUUCUGAACGCAUGGAGAGCAGGGGAUUAUCCUUCUGCAUUUGACCUACUGCAUCGCUAUUUCGACUACACCAUGCAAUAUCGUGACCGGUUGUUUUAUCAAUAUGCGCUGAUGAACUUGGCGGUUUUACAGGCAGACUUCGGCUGCCACCGCGACGCCGUCACCACCAUGCUCGAAACGGUCACAACGGCGCGGGAAAACAGAGACAUGACGUGCCUCAACUUUGCAUUAAACUGGCUCUUUCAUUUUGGCCGAGCGCAUCCAAGGCUAGUCCGCGAGCUGGAGUCUAAUAGCCUUCUCGGGACUGGCAAGGAAAGCUUGGCGUAUCUACGUGUCAAGGCCAAGGAAUCGGGCAUGAGUGCAUUGUGGAGUUCCGUCCUGCUGAGUGAAGCAAAGCUGGGCUUGAUCAACGGGGAGAGUGUUGCGACUGCUGUCGAGUAUAUCGUGCGCAGCUCGCAUCUUAUUGUGACGCGAAACAUGAAGAAUAUGUUUGGUGCCCAGCUAUCGCUGUACGCUGCUCUUUGGAGUCGAUUAGGACUCACACAUCUCUCAACAGCUACUUGCGAAAUGUUUCUCCGUUGCCAUAAUCAGCACUCUGUAUUCGAAGACGAACUCAAGAUGAUUUGUCGCCUUGCGUUGAUACAGGCUGAGCGCGGUAAAUACGACAAUGGUCUCAAGCAACUAGAGGGCCUGGACAGCAAUUCUCUUCGCUCGUGGAAGCCAAGCCAAUACUGGCACAAGUAUAGAGGGAUCAUCAAGCUGAUCAAAGAUUUGCACCACAACAACCUAGUUGGCGCUCAGGAGCUGCUGGAUCAGCUCGUGCAGUCGAAGGCAGACGACCUGGAACCAGACAUGACGUUCAUGAUUGAGUCACUGCAUAUUGACUAUCUAACAAGGCGAGGAGAUUUACAAGGGGCCUUUGAAAAAGUCAACAACAUGAUUUCCAUGAUUAAAGAUGAGAGCAAGGACAUUGCAAUUCUUGUCAAGCUGCUACUCCUCAAGGUUGCGCUUCUCGACAGAAGUAAUCGGACACAACGGGGCUUCUCAACGGCUAUUCGUGCGGCCAACCUCGCCUGGCGGGCGCGGCUGAUACCACAGCUUUGGGAGGCUACAGGGGCGCUCGCCAACAUUCUGGUUUCGCUGGGGGAGUUUGAAGGCGCAAUCGAUAUACUCAACGCUGCACUCCCACGAUCUCUCGAAUGCGAGGCGCCAGCGCUCACAGCGCGGCUGUACUCGUACUUGGCGGACGCCAACAUGGGAAUGGCUGGGCGGAUGGAGGCCAAGUCGAGUAAACGCAGCGAAUACAUGACGCGAGCACUGGCAGCGGUGCAACGUUCGUUUGACCAUUGGUCGAGCGUUGAGGACAUCAAUCAGCAAUGCGAGAGCAUGGCGAAGCGGGCAAUGAUUAUGAAGCUCACAGGAGAAUUGACCCUUGCAGCCGACUAUGCAGCCGCGUAUGUAGCGCUUCGCAAGAAUGCAGAGACGCUGAGUCUAGGCGGGGCGUAA